GCUUGAACCUGGGAGGCAGAGGUUGCAGUGAGCUGAGAUCGCACCAUUGUACUCCUGCCUGGGCGACAGAGCGAGACUCCGUCUCAAAAAAAAAAGAAUCGCGGGCACUUUGUUUCUCUUGCUGCUUCUACUUCAUUCUUCUUCUGCCAGGGCAGCCAAAGGCAAGAUGGGUGCUUCCCGGAUCCACCAGAGGGGGAAAGGGGUUGGGUGUGGAUGGGGGCAGAACUUUUCCCUAGUGAGGGCUUUGGUGAGGUCUGCCGGAGGCACACUGGAGACACAGGCAAGCAUCAGGUGGCCCCCACUUCCCCCCCCCAUAAACGGCACUCAGCUCAGUCUCCCUCUGCCCGCUUUGUUACCAUGGAGCUGUGGCAUUCAAGCAUUCAAAUGCCCCACUCCUGUCAGGCCUGCCCCAUUGGGUGCUUUGUUUGCUUGUCAGGUUGGGCAGAUGGUCUCAAGCCCUGGUUGGUGGGUGGGUGAGUGACACAGGUUAGACAGGGGAAGGUCCCAGGACACCUCUUCCCUCUCUGGGCUGACCUGAGGCAGUGGAGGCUCUCAGGUGUGGGAUGCGGUGUUCAGGCUGGGAAGUUCUGUACCGUAGAGGACAGGCCUUCCUAUCGCUUACAGGAGCACUACUGGAGGGCAGGUCCCUCCCCAGGGUGGGUAACACUGUGGAGGCUGCAGGGUCAGGAGGAGAAUCGGGGGGACCGAGAGGGCGGAGGCACACUCCAUCUCCAUGCUCCUCACAGGCCCUGCCUCCCUGCCUGCUAAGGGCACGGGGAAGGGGUUCCCCACCUCAGUGAGUGCCUGCCUCCCUGCCCUGUGCCUGUGUACCUGGCAGUCACAGCCACCUAGCAUGUCCCAGAGACCAACCGGCUGGCCUCAUCUGCCCAACCCCACCUCCAUUGGCUUUGGCUCUUGGCCUUGUGCCACCCAAUCCUUUCUCCUGUCCGGAUGUGCAGGGCCUGAGCCAUCGAGCUGCGCCCACAGCAGACUGCCUUUGGUGUCUCACCGGGUGAACGAGGGCAUUGCGAGGCAUCCCCUCCCUGGGUUUGGCUCCUGCCUACGGGGCUGACAGUAGAAAUCACAGGCUGUGAGACAGCUGGAGCCCAGCUCUGCUUGAACCUAUUUUAGGUCUCUGACCCCUGCUUCCUCUUUAGAAUCUCCUUAGAGCUCAGCCAGUGCUCAACCUGAGGCUGGGGGUCUCUGAGGAAGAGUGAGUUGGAGCUGAGGGGUCUCAGGCUGCCCCCUGAGGAAGGGGCCAGAGGCAGUGUCAAGAGCAGGGCAGUCUGAUUGUGGCUCACCCUCCAUCACUCCCAGGGGCCCCUGGCCUGGCAGCCGCUGCUCCCAACCACAAUGUCCUUUGGGGUUUGGCCUACGGAGCUGGGGCGGAUGACCCUCAAAUAGCCCUGGCAGAUUCCCCCUAGACCCGCCUGCACCAUGGUCAGCCACACCCCUCCUCAUCGCCGGGACACAGCCCAGAGCGUAUAAACAGUGCUGGAGGCUGGCGGGGCAGGCCAGCUGAGUCCUGAGCAGGAGCCCAGCACAGCCACCGAGACGCCAUGAGAGCCCUCACACUCCUCGCCCUACUGGCCCUGGCCACACUUUGCAUCACUGGCCAGGCAGGUGCAAAACCCAGCGGUGCAGAGUCCAGCAAAGGUGCAGCCUUUGUGUCCAAGCAGGAGGGCAGCGAGGUGGUGAAGAGACCCAGGCGCUACCUGUAUCAAUGGCUGGGAGCCCCAGCCCCCUACCCAGAUCCCCUGGAGCCCAAGAGGGAGGUGUGUGAGCUCAAUCCGGACUGUGACGAGCUGGCUGACCACAUCGGCUUCCAGGAGGCCUAUCAGCGCUUCUACGGCCCGGUCUAGGGUGUCGCUCUGCUGGCCCGGCCGGCAAAUCCAGUUCUGCUCCUCUCCAGGCCCCCUUCUUUCCCCUUCCCCUUGCCCUUGCCCUGACCUCCCGGCCCAUGGAUGUUGGGUCCCCAUCAUCCCAGCUGCUCCCAAAUAAACUCCAAAAGAGGAAUC